AAUCGCUGCUGGUGCCCGCAAAACGAGUUCUCUCUGUAGUGUGGUGAACUUUCAUCAUUAUUUAAAGUCAUUUAAGCGCACAGAGUAACAGUAUCUCAAAUAAAUACAACAUCCUCUUUGAACGGAAUACCGACCAUGUGGAGCGGAAUCAGCGCCACCAACCGUGUGGAUGUUGUGGCGAACGACGGCCUGUUCCGUUAUGGGCGUGUCGUGGACGUAACGAACUGGGGACUCCUUAUCGACUUCCUGUGUCCCAAACGACGCCGCGAAUUGGUUCCUUUCCACCGCGUAUUCCGCUGCCGCACAGAUCCACCGGUAGACGGCGAACGUAUCGCCAGCGUUUACACGCGCGCCCGUUCUCCCGUUCCCGUGGAAGUGUUAGAGCGAGAUAGUUCCUCCGACGCGUGGACUUGGUUCCCGGCUGAAAUGAUCAAUCUGACGGACGGGACACAGCAUAGCACGUACAUUGUGGCCGUUGUGAAAUGGUGGGAUGAAGGCGAGCGUACGGAUCUGGUCCCGGUUGAACGGAUACGCUGGAGUGUCCCGAGGCACUGGUGGGCGGAGCAUCGUUGGCCGGAACCGCGUUCGAUUGUUGCUACAACGUGGACCCCGCCAACGGGGGCCAGCUGGCCCGACAGAUUCAAAAGGAACACUUUCACCAAGCGUUUUAUCAAAGUGCCGGUGAACUACACGCUGCCGGCGAAAGAAAUCCUGAAGCGUCUGAAAAGCAGCGGACCGGUGCCGUUUGUGGAGGUCGUCACCGGAUACGUGUGGUACAUCCACCUCGAAGGCUGGCGCUUUGUGGAUUCGGCUUUAGAAAAACUGCAAAACGAACUUUCUGCAUCAGUUCUACGGAUGAUUGCCGAGAUGACUGGCCAUCCGGCUGACUGCGGUGCCGAAGUAGACUUCCCAGCGCUACCGACGGAACUGUGGCGCGAAGUGUUUUCCCAUGGAUCGGCACCAAACGUUAUCGUCAACAGCGCCGAUUUCGAGGCCACCCAGUCCGACCGGUUGGUCUACUACAUGACGGCACCCAUUUUUAAAUGUCUCCGCCCAGCGACACAUCGCCUGAUUGUCUGUGAUGGGCGCCGAGUGCGAAAGCCCCCCGCCCGCCCAUCCUUACAAAAUGUUGUUAUGGAUGAAAAAUGCCACUUGAUGAAGGACAACGAUGUGUUUAAGGUGCUGGAUGUCCUACGAUACAUCGGCCAGGAACAUACCGGCGCUCGGCUGAAGACCUUCUAUCUGGUGGGAUUCCAUUGCCGGCUGCGAAUCGGAGCGGGUUAUUUGCCGCGCGCGUGCGAGCUCCAUGGAUCUGGAAGUAAAGCGGUGAAUUGGGUGUACGUGGAGGGCGCUCGAUGCUACUUCCGGCUGGACUACUUCAUCGCCUCAUGCCGCGGCGUUCCGUGUGAUUUUUUCCGCUUUGUGAACUGCUCCGUCCAUCUUCAUUAUACGUUUUGGACAAGAAGACGAUAUAUUCGCCCCACGAAACCAUUUAUUUGCACCACAAAACCUAUAUCGAUACGGCUGGCAUAA